AUGUAUCGCGCCAAGCAAAGUGGGCGCAAUCGCUACGGCUUCUUCACCGCUGACCUGGAAGCACGUACGGCGCGCGCAUUGCAGAUCGAGAACGCCCUGCGCCGUGCGCUGGAGCGCAACCAGUUCGAGCUGCACUACCAGCCCCAGGUGUCGCUGGAGACCCGACAGGUGAUGGGCGCAGAAGCCUUGCUGCGCUGGCACCACCCGGAGCUGGGCAUGGUGUCGCCCGCCGAGUUCAUCCCGGUGGCCGAAAGCAGCGGCAUGAUCGUCGCGAUUGGCGAAUGGGUGAUCCACACGGCGGUGCAGGACGCCAAACGCUGGAUGGACAUGCAACUGCCACUGCGUGCCGUGUCGGUCAACCUCUCGGCCGUGCAGUUCCGCCAUCCACAGCUUCCGGAGAUGGUAGCCCGCUGCCUGCAGCAGGCAGGCCUUCCCGCGCGCCGGCUGGAGCUGGAGUUGACCGAAGGCGCCGCUGUGGACGACCCAGCCGCAGCGCUGGCGAUGAUGGACCAGCUGCACGAACGGGGCGUGCGCCUCUCAAUGGACGACUUUGGCACCGGCUAUUCGUCGCUGAGCUACCUCAAGCGCUUUCAGAUCUACAAGCUCAAGAUCGACCAGUCUUUCGUGCGCGACCUGGAAGACGAUGCCAACGACCGCGCGAUCGUCAGCGCCAUCAUCCGCAUGGCGCAGGCGCUGGGCAUGCAGACCACCGCCGAAGGCGUGGAAACCGACGGUCAGCUGGAGUUUCUGCGGCAACAGGGCUGCGACGAAGGUCAGGGUUACCUCUUCAGCCGCCCCCUGCCAGCCGCGGCGUUUGAAGCCUACCUGCGCGAGCAUCUGGCACAGGGAGCCCUGCCCCGGCCCUGA